UUAUUGCUUCUUAGUGUUUAGUGAAAACCUACGAUAAGGGAGAACGAGUUGUAGCUACAAAUGAGCAGCAGAUAAAAAGCGUGUGCCUGCCAUAUCCACAUUGAACAGUUUCUUCUGGCUGUUCAAGGACUUUAGUUGGACCCACUCCUAACCUGGUCGAGGUAGCAGUGAGCACGAGUGUUCUUGGGUAGUAAUUGUGUGUGUGCGUGUUACCCCGGGGCAUUGUGAGGCAGUGUCCGCUUCGGGCAGAAAAACCAAGUUUUUAGCAAAGCCAAAAAUUGGAAAAAGAAAAAUGUUUUUCAAAAAAGUGGUCUCAAUCUUAGUGAUCUGCAUAGCGGCGCAGAGCGCCCUGGCCGAAGAAAGCAAGGAGGAAGCUGCCUCAGAAAAUGUUCUGAACGAGCUGAGCUGGUCAUGUGCAAACAAUGCGUCCUGCGUAAAGCGACUGGCUAGCGAUGUGGUGCGAAAGCUGAAGACACGCAAGGCCAUCGACUUCGGAGCGUUCAGCAUCGAACCGGUCGAAAGGAUUCCGCUGACCGUCGAGGGACGGUCAUCCCGUGCAUUGGAUUUCCUUAGCGGCCAUGCCAUCAAGUUUCCGAUCGGACCGAUGGUUUUCAACAUCGAACGCUCCGCCGACUAUCCGAACUUCAUCGAAGUGUCUCUGCUUAGAAAGGCCGAUGGUGCACGACGCACAACCCGCAAGCAUAUGCGCUUCUUCGUGCCAGCAUUCCUGGUCUUCAGCCAAAUAGGCUGGUACGCACUCGCCAUCGCUGGAGUCAAGCUGCUAGCGAUUAAGGCCUUUUUAGUCGCCAAAAUUGCCCUAAUCGUUGUUGCGAUGAUGACUUUCAAGAAACUAUUGGAACCAGUAGCCGUCCUCCCGCCUCCGUACUUCGACCAUCAGGAACCGUUUCUGAUGCCCUACAGCAUGGAUUUCCAUCACGGCUUCCCCGGUGCCGGACACGACAUGUACCCGAUGGGACUGGGCGGUCCAUCCGCUCUGCACGCCGGCGAAGGACUUGGUGCCGCAAGUAAUGUGAAUGCCGUCGUCGACACUAACCAGGCUGCUGACAAGUCGGCAUCCGUGGCCAGUGGAUCCACCUCGUCAGCUGCCAGUUCCAACGACCGUCAUCACUUCCCCGGUGGCAAAAUCAAGCGGCAGGACUUUUAUCCCGCGGUGCAAACUGCCAAGUACUACUAACAAUCCUAGCAUUCCCCCACAUCCCAACACACACAGACACACACACAAACACAGAAACUGCUCUAGUUGUCCAGAAUUAGUUAAACCAAACGAAUUCAGAAGCCAAUGCCACUGUAUCCUCAGACAGGUCCAAGUCCAAGUCCAAGUCACGCUGUCACCGGUCCCUGACCAAAUCCUGUCCCAAAAUCCUAAAGAAUGCGACCGAACGAGAAUCGAAAAAGGACGAUGACGAUGAUGCUAUCUGGAUAAGACAAUGCCGACACACCAAUCGCUGAUAGAACUGUUUAGCGUAUAGUCAUAGUAUUUUCCCGUAUCUGCCGGAGAGUGAAACCUCGCUAGGAGCGGGAAAGCAUUUCAAACUGUUGUAAAAUUGAUUUCCAACGCCCCUUCUGUACAAUGCUGUUACAUCUAAUAUUUAUUUAUUUAUUGAAAGAACUGGGUAAUUGAAAAAAAAAUCAC